CUUAACUAAGGUCCCAAAACCUACUGCUGCAAUUCAAAAGGGAGGGACAGUUGUGAAAGGAUUAGCUGCUGAGAAACAAACACCUGUCUCAAACGCCAAGGCUGGGCAGUCUGUCCCAAAUAUUGGGGCUGUAACAGAAACUCCCAAACCUGCUGGAACCCCACAAUGGGCAGACUUAUUCACAGAUAAUCGUGCUCCGUCUAAAGGUAUUAAACUGAAAUAUCUACCUUCCGUUGAUGAAGUUGUUGAUCUUUCAAUUUGUGUGUUACCUUCUAUGGUCUCGUUGUGGGGAUUCUGCCUUGUUGGUUGCUUUACAGGUCGAUUCCCGGGACUUAAAGCAAUAUAUGAGCUUUUGAACAGUUGGGGCGUACAUUGUACGUUGAAAUCCCAUAACAAGGGAUGGGUGAUUUUUAAGUUUAAAAAUGAGCAGGAUAGAACUAAGGUUUUUACUGAAGGACCUUAUAACAUCUUUGGUAGAUUACUAAUAUUGAAAAUGCUUUCUGAGGACUUCACUUUUGAUGAUGAGGCAUUCCUUAAGGUGCCUAUUUGGGUUAAACUUCCCAAUUUACCUUUGAAUUUGUGGAAUGAAGAGGCAAUGAGCAAGAUCGCUUCAAAGGUGGGUGUUCCUAUCACUACGGACAAGGUCACC